UCUCCUCCUGCAGUUCCGCUCGGAGCAGCGCUGUGGCCCCUGCACAGGAGCGCCCGGGAUGGGCCACUCUUUACGCGCGGCCGCCCUCCUGGCUGUCGUGGUUCUGUCCAUUCUGGUGUCCCUCCUGGUCACCAGCGUGCAGCAGCAGCUCGGAGCCAGAACUCUUCCCAAUGGGUCUGCUACUCCUGGAGGUGAGGAGGAGGAGGAGGAGGCGCUCCGCCGGGCUCUGAUCCACCAACUCAACCAGAGGCGCAAAGAACUGAUCCCGCUGCUGUUCCCUGCCGAGCCAAACGGGAAACGUCCCUCACAGUCCGACCCAGACUCGGUUUUGGGUUACAGUCUGUGGAAUGAGGUCACGCUUGGCUCCCGGGACCACAUGGGCUGCGACUCCCUGGUGGACAUGCGGGCGGUGGAGGUCCUCGGGUCCGGGUACACCAAGCUGGUUGUCAGGGCGCAUCUGGCCGGGGGUCAGCCUCCCGUGGCCCUGAAGCUGGUCAACGAGCAGGGCGUCGACAUGAACAAGUGUUUGGAGGAUUUUAAGGAGCCGACAGGCUGCCGGGAGCUGGUUUCUUCCAAACUGAGGAGGGAGAUGAUCCUGUUGGACAGGCUGCGGCAUCCAAACGUCAUCCAGCUCAAGGGUCACUGUGCAGGAGUCCAAGGAGGGGGAGGAGGAGUGGAAAGAGGAAGGGUGGCAGUCAUCCUGGAGCAGGGGGCUCCUCUCCAGAUGAUCCAGCUGCUGCAGAGCCCCUGGGAGGACAGAUUCAGGGUGUGUCUGGACCUGGUCCGGCUCCUCCACUUCCUGUCCCGGUCCCCGCUGGGCUCCGUGGGGCUGCUGGACUUCCAGCCGCGGCAGUUCGUCACCGUGUCCGGUCAGCUGAAGCUCACCGACCUGGACGACGCCAGCCCGGAGGAGACGGCCUGUCGGGCCGACGCGGACUGCACCCUCCGGUUCCCACACCGAAACUUCACCCUGGCCUGCUCGGCUCGGGGGCUGUGUGAGGGGCUGAACGAGAAGAGGAACCUUUACAACGCCUACAGGUUUUUUUUCACCUACCUGCUGCCCCACCAGGCCCCGCACGGCCUCACACACCUGGUAGACCACAUCAUGAACACCACAGGGGAGCUGAAGGCUGACAUCAGUCAGACUCUGGAGGCCUUUGAACACAUCCUCCUCCUGUACAAGGCGGGCCUACACCUGGACAACCUGCCCCCAUCCAUAGUCAGAGAUUACACCGUGCUGCGAGGUAUGAGGACCUCGGGGAACGUGGAGUACCGCUGCUGGCCGUCCUACAGCCAACAGGGCUGCGUGCUGUCGGUCCACGGCGCCAGAGAGGCAGCAUACAUCUGCAACUCCCACUCCCAGUGCAGCAGCUUCACCCUGACUGGGCAGAAGACCUGGACGGGUCGCCUUCUAGCCUCUUUCCGGAGCAGCUUCGAUCAGUUGGUGCCUGAUGGGGCGUCGGAGGUGUACGUGAAGAAAACCCAAGUUCUUGAAGCUCCUUCCCUAGCGUGAAGACAGAGUAGUCUCCGACAAGAGGUCGAAAGCAGACAAGACUGAAGUCUCUGUGAACACGCUGACCGCAGCUCGGCUUUCUAACCGAGGAGCAGAUGUUUGAAGCGAGCACGUGAACGUGUUGUAUUUAUAAGGCCUCCGCUCAGCGGCUGUUUGAUCUGCCUGCCAGCCCGCUGCCUCUGCCAGCUACUAUUUAAAGGGAUUUCCCUUUCAGGUACAAUUAAGAAGGAGGAGAGCCUUGUGCUUCUACGUUUUUCCCUCCCGUAAUU